AUGGCUACCCCAAAUGAUUCUCGUCUAUGCCGCCUCCCAACAGAAAUCCUCAUCGAAAUAGUCAAGCUCCUGCCGAAUUUCUCGUCACUCUGGGCACUUAUGAGUGCUUUUCCUCGUUUUGAGUUCCUUUUUCUGCAGCUACCAUUCGAAAUUUUCGACACUUUCCUCGAAAAGGAGACGCCGCCAUGCAUCCAAGCCCUUAUGCGAGUCGCACUGGUUACACGCAUCUCACCAUCAUGGUUCCCUGAUAUCAAGGAUGUCACAAAACACAUGUCGAGACACAAAACCUUUGACCUCUAUUUCGAAGCCUUGCCGCAACACAUUGAAGAGCCGCACUUGACCUCAAAGGUGGCUUUUGCGGUACGUGACAUGGUCGAAGUGGCGCAUAAGAUCCAUGCCGUAGCGCAUGCCUGCCUGGAAUAUUACGUGAGAAAGUCGAUGACCAUAAAGCCAGAGCGCUGGGAUGCAAGUCUUCCACCAUUUGACCAUUCGCAACUGGGAGGUCAGCCUCAAGGUCUUCCUAUUCAGCCCACGCCUACCGGUCCCCCGACUUACGAGGAAGAGCAGAUACUAAUCAGACUCCUCUGGCGCCUGCAAGUCUUUACUGACUUACGCGCUGCUGCUAAACAAGACUAUUUGCGGCAUUGGUCAGUAGACGAAUGUGGCAAGGUCCAAACCUGGAAUGUCGAUUGGCUGUUCCACUACUUUACCCCGAAAUCAAACAGAGAAGAGUUAUUUCGCACUUAUAUUGACUCCUGGAACCCAUAUUGCGAGAAAGAGCAAUUUAGAAGCUUGAUGGAUUUUAUCGUCGAUAUCACAGCGGCAAAGACGGAAUAUCAGCCGGGUUUACGAGAACUAGAAGCGUUUAUGAAAGAUCUGCCUGUAGACGUAUACGAGAGUGGUUAUCACGUAACCUGUCUACCACCUAAACCCAUACUAGAGAUUAGGAGAGGGCCAAUAACAAUUGACGAUCUGCUUCCAGCAACUUUAAGCAUCGACGAAAUGGUUGAAAAGCCUCCCGCGGGAUGGAGAGUCUAUCACCAAAUGACCACAGAUCAUAGAUAUUAUUAUUCGGGUGUACCGUUUGAGCCUUAUCGGAAGUAUGGAUUUGCGUUUUGGCAGGCUGAAAGAAUGGGCAACUUGGGGUUUAAGGAGUACGACGGGUGGGAAGAUGAUGGAUCGAUUCUGCGGGUGUGUUAUUUUGUGUGGCAGAGUAUUUUGAGGGGUGUUGAUGUUGUGAGUGCCUACAGCUAUCGUCAUGUGGUUACUCAAUGA